AUGAGAAAAUCCAUCACCUCCCGCCUCGUGCGCCUCCCCCUCGAAGCAGCCCGGCAAACACCCCAACGUUCCUUCCCCGCCAUCUUCGCCCGCGGCGGGACGUCAAACGGUUUGGUCAUGUUCGAGCACGACCUCCCUCCCCGAUCUCACUGGCCUUCUGUCCUGCCCAAAGUAAUGGGUUCCCCAGAUCCUCAUGGUCGACAACUCGACGGGAUGGGAUCGGGGAUCUCGUCCACGUCCAAGAUCUGCGUGCUUUCCCCCCCGAGCAGGAGGGAUGUAGAUGUGGACUUCACGUUUGUUCAGGUUGGUAUCAAGGACGGGGUGCUGGACAUGGGGGGGAAUUGUGGAAAUUUGAGCAGUGUUGUUGGGCCUGUGGCGUUUGAUCACGGGCUGGUGAAGAGGAGGGGGGUGGGGUUCAGAAAAGAGGGAGCGGAGGAGGAGAUGGUGGGGUGUGUGAGGAUAUUUAAUACUAAUACUGGGAAGGUGGUGGAGAGUAGGUUUAGGGUUGGGGGGAAUCCGUUGCGGUUUGACAGUGAGGGGGGGUAUGAGAUGGAUGGGGUUGGUGGGAGGGGGAGCAGGGUUGUGAUGAGGUUUUUGGAGCCGGGGGGGGCGAAGACGGGGAGGACGCUGCCUACGGGCCGGGGGGUGGAUGUGCUUAGGUUGAGGGGGGGUAGGGGGGUAGAGGCGAGUUUGGUUGAUGUGGGCAAUCCGGGGGUUUUUGUGAGGGUGGAUGAUUUGGGGGUUGAGGGGUGGGAGGGGUUGACGCCGGGGAGGGUGGAGGGGGAUGAGGAUUUGAAGGGGAAGCUGGAGGAGAUUAGGCAGGCGGGGGCGGAGAUGAUGGGGUUGGAUCCGAGGGUUGAGAGUGUGCCGAAGGUGGUGAUGGUUUUUCCUCCUGAGGUGACGGCCAGGGAAGGGGGGAAGGGGGCGAAUAUCAAGUGUUUGGCGCUGUCGAUGGGGCAGGCGCACAAGGCGGCUCCGUUGACGCUGGCGUUGUGUCUUGGGGCGGCGGCGAGGCUGGAGGGGACGAUUCCAAAUCAGCUUGCGGUAGGGCUGGAUGCUGAGAGUGGCGUUGUUACUAUUGAGCACCCGAGUGGUAAGCUUGAUGUGGGAGUUACGGUUGAGGACGGGAAGAUUGUCUCGGCCGAGCUGCACAGGACUGCCCGGGUGCUGAUGAAAGGGAAGGUCUAUUACUAG